GAGAAUUUAUAGAGAAGUUUGUUGAAGCCAUUCUGGCAUACUAACACACUCUUGGUUUUUCCUUCAAUUGAUAACUCAUCUAUAUCAAACUGUGUGUGUGUGUGUUUGAGAGAGAGAGAGAGAUAGGGAGCAUCACAGUUUGCCCAUUCUGCUUUUUGCCUGCACCCUGAGGACCCCAAUCCCAUUCGCCGACCACCUAACUUUGAUCCAUUUUCCCUGAAUUAAUGUUUUAUUGUUUAGUCAAUGAUUAGACCCGCAAAUAAUUUCACGGUUCGUCUGCACCAGCUAGUGAAUAGCCACCUGAAAUGCACAGAGCGCUUUCUGCAAAUGCCUUGCCGUAUAAUUAAAACCAGAGGAUGGGGUCUGGAAAACAAAUUUUGCCUGAAAUUGGAAUUGGUUACACAUUCUCUCAUGAAUAUAUGCUCCAGCAUCAGACUCAGACAUGGGAGACGAGGAACAGCAGGACACAGGUGUGAUAGCUGCUGAGAAAUAGUGAGAAACAGGAAACAAAUCGAGUGGAUCUUGAAGAUUAAGGAAAACUAAUGCAGCUUAUAGAGUGAGAUACGGCAGUGUAAGAUUCAGUCACCAGUGCCUAGCUAAGCAUUUCCUGUAGGAUCUGUUUUGAAAAUGGGAUGUACAGACGUCCCUGCUUUUUGACAUGGAAAUGCAUCCAGGGACGGUUAUUUAAACAUCAUAUGUGCAAUUUUGUUAGAUUGUGGCAUAUAUUAUUAUUAUCACCCGUAUCAAGUCCGGGGAUACAUUACGGCUACAAUUAAAGCAUUUUAUCUGUCUAUGUCUUGGGUAAUUUUUGUGUGGCUGGGUAGAUAUGGAGGCUCAUGUGAAAUAUGUUUAGUUCCUCACAGCUUAGCCAUAGAGAGUGAUCAUUUUUCUCUUAUAUUUUUAUCUAAAAACAAGAUGCAAUUGAUUUGUCAAAUAUAAUAAGGAUAUACACACAUGGGGUGCAUUUCGAUGUUUAUUUCUGAUUUGCAAGGGUCUGGACAAGUGAAAUGACCCCACAUUUAUUAAACACGUUUGUGUGUGUGUGAGAGAGACCAAUAAUGGCGCUUCAGAUGGGAUAAGUCUUUCUAUGUAGUAUUUCCUAUAUAGGAAAAUAAUUCGCAAAAUUUGGGUGAAAAUGAAUUAAAAAAGCUUAUGAAAAAUGUAUUUGUGGUUACUUACUGUAAUCUGUAAAUAUAUGAGAAAUAUAAUCUUUGAUUACGUUCUAAUUUCUACAUUUUAAAUGUAUACUAAAAAUCCAUUUUUUAAUUUAAUUUAUUUAUUAGUUGCCACAAAUGUCACACCUCUAGAAAUUAUUAUGAACAAAAUUUCACUGAAGCAUUUUGUUAUUUAGUUAAUUUCACACUUUUAAGUUUACCUCAGGAUUUACCCAUGAUACCUUUGAUGUAAAUAUAAAGUGACGCUGAGGCUAAAUUCAAGUUCAAGCUAAAACUUCUAAGUUCAAGUUUUGAACAUAGUCACUUUUACAGCAAUAAUGAAUUCAUUUAAAGCAACAGUGCUGUAAUAAACCUGUUUUUUUUUUGCCCCCACACAAAUUAAGGUGAAGGAUCGUUAGACUCAAGGUGUGUUUGGAGUGAAACAUAAGAUGGUUCUACAGAAAAGAACCUAAUGCUUAUUGUUAAGUAUGGUGAAGGAUUUUUGAUUUUUUUUUUUCUCUUUCAAAGACCCUGGAAACCUUGUUAGGAUAAAUGGCAUCAUGUACUGAAUGAAAAACCAGCAGAUUGUAAAUAAAAAAAAAUCUGUCUGCCUCUGCCAAGGAGCUAUAACUAGAUUGGAUUUUCCAGCAGGGCAAACACACACCCAAAUCCAUACUAAAGUGGUUCAGUGACCACAGAAACAAGCUCUUGACAUCCUAGUUCUCUGACAUAAAACAGUGAAACCUGUGGGGUGAGCUGAAGAGGAGAGUCCACGAGACAAGAGAGGACUGAGAACUAGAGAGGAUGUGGAGAGAUUCUGUACUGAGGAUCUGGUCCCAAAUUCCUCCAUCUGCUCGAUUUAAUAUAAUCAAGUCUUAUACACUUAAUUUGAGGCCGCAGUCCCAAGCCUGGAUAAAAAUGGGAGGGUUGCGACAGGAAGGGCAUCCGGUGUAAAACCUUUGCCAAAUUGUGCUGGUCGAUUGAUGCGCUACAAACAGCGGACCCUGCAAGUGUGCGGGACAAACGCUGAGAAAAAACAAUACUUACAGUUUGAGAUUAAGCGCAUUAACCAGACAUUUUUUUGUAACUUCUUUAUUGUCUUUCCCACUAAUGUGGCUUCUUGUUAUUUACUUUUUUUACUCAACUCAUCUUCUGUGGUUUAUGCAUGGCACUACCACUAAUCUGACCAUCUGACCAUAUAGGAGAAUUAAUAUUCAAAGGUAUUUAUAUACUAAAUGUAUGUGUUUGACUACAUUUUUUUGGCUAAAAGGUACAAGGUUGUGUUUUUUAUUAUCUAAAAAGGCCAAUGUUAAUUUUUAAACUUUGUGUGCUUAUUGGUAUUUUAGUGUAUUUUUAAAAAAAUAUGUUUUAAAUAUCGCUUACAUAUUUUUUUAUAUCUAUGUAGAAUGUCUGUAGCUGCUCACAUCAGAAUUUUAUACACUGAUGCUUGCUUACAAAGCCUAAAAACAGAACAGCUCCAACUUACAUCAAUGUGUUUAACACACCCCACACCACACCAUGCUCCAUCUGGACUGGUCCCACCAUCUCUCACAGCACAAGGAAGACACUCUGUUCUGGCCCCUAGGUGGUGGAAAGGACUUACCCAAGAUGUCCAAACAGCUGAGACACUGGCUGUCUUCAAUGAUGUAUAAAUAAAGACCUACCUUUUCCUGAACUAGCACUUUAAAACUUAGUCUAUAAACAAAGUUUAUUUUUUUGAUUUCAUUCAUAUUCCCUUGACUUUAGUGAACCAGUAUCGAUGUAUUCAUCGAUAGAGACUUCAAAACUCUUCUGUAAGUCCCUCUGGAUAACAAUGUCGAUAAUGCCUUGAAUGUAAAAUGUACUUGACUAAAAGAUUUCUAAAAGCGCCCAGCACUAGUGACUAAUAACUCAAAUGGAGUUGAUAGCACUGUGGCCUUCAGAUGUCAUUUCUGAUCCUGAAGAUUCCCCAGCCAUUCUGUGCCACAGAGAUGCCGUUAAUCUAUCUGUCAAUCAGUGAUUUAGCCAACCGUGGGUCUAUGAGCUCAUGUAUGAGGAAGAGGGCAGUUAGAGAGCUGUCAUGUGAUGCAGCUUGAGCACCAAUUAGAAUAGAUGGCUGGAGUCAUGUGACUAUGUGUAAGCCUUCCUGGUUAGAGAAUCAGCAAAUGAUCACAUUGAGGGUAAAUUAGUUUAAAAAAAAUUGCAGUUCUUUUUUAAAUAGCAGGUAUACUAAAGAAUGAUAUUGUACACAGGACCAGUAAAGUCUAACACCCUCCUCUCUUCCCCCUUUUUCUCCAGAAUGAUGGAGCAAAUGCUUGAGCGAUGUGGUGUAUUCUGGCCAGCCAUGUGUGCAUGUAUUGCUGUCUUCCCAGUCUCUGGUGGGCUGGGCUCUAGGCUGAGAGCCACCGUCCUGAUGCUUAAUUAGCAUUGUUAAUGAUCCACCUCUCUGCCCAGUCUGAGUCUCUGAUGGAAUUGUGACAGACAACACGGCAGUUGCAUCCAAAACCAUCAGCCCCGUUUGGCUUGCUUGGCAGUUUAUCAGCCCUUGUAAAAUAUAUCUCUAUUUAACCUGAUCCAGCAGAGAGUCAGUAUAGGCUUUGAUAUUAGCAGAGAUCAGUAAUGUUUCAGUGUACAACGCUAUAUAGUGAUGAAUGACCUUUCAAGGCUGUUGUUCUGAGUCUGACUGAUGUUAAGCACACAAGGCUCAAGUGGAAAUCAGUGGAGCAGCUUCAAUACCUUGUGGCUUUCUGACCUGGCUACAUGUUUCAGCUUUUUGUGGUAGAAUGCAUGAUGGCUUUGAUUCUGCUUGAACCAUGCAAUAAUAAUGCAUUGCAGGUAGCUGGUUUCUGGACCUUAUUUCACUGUUUAUCCAAAAAAGAAUGAAGGAUUAAAUUUGCUGGGUUUUUUUUUUUCAGACCACAGUGGCAGGGUUUCCUCAGCAACUGCUCAUAUGUAUACCAUGAUAUUACUACAUGAAUCAUACAGGGUUACAGUAUAGGGCCAGGCUUCCCAUAUGAAAAUAAAAUCUGUAGCCUUUAUAUAAUCAAGCAUCAAUGAAUUAGAGUUUUUUGAGAUUUGAAAAUCGGUUAGUUACAAAGCACAGUUUUACUGUAGCCACUACAGCCUCUACAGGAUCCAGGACACUAUUUACAGGGGAACCUCGGCAUAUGAAUACCCUCUACUUAUGAAUUUUCGCCUUAAGAAUUGAAAUUUUGCUAAAAAUUUGCUUCGGCAUAUAAACGAAUCGAUCCGAAGUUGCGUGUAUGUCCGGGAGCUGUUGUUUGCAUCAGUGGAAAGCCAAGCGAAGCCAACCAGAGCGGGUUUGCGGAUUUGAUGUUUUUUUUUUCCCAGUCACUGAAAUCUGUUUCGAAAGAGUCAACCCAUGAUUCCAGCGCUAGCUUCUGCAUGUGUUCAAAAGCUACUUGAUUUUUCGCACAUUUUUUUUAGUUGACAGAUUGGUGGUGUGGGUGAUCUGUUCUAUUUUUAGCACAAGCCUGGUGGCAUGACUUCCCGUGAGGAACCUUGGCAUGGAAUGCUUGGCUUGGGUCAGUUCUUUGUAAGAAGCCAUACAGUUUACAUACGCCUGGUAAUAUUGGUAAUAUUUUUGGGUGGCUGGACCGGAUUAUCUGCAUUUACAUUUAUUUUUUAUGGGAAAAUUUUGCCUUAAAAACUCGCCUCUAGAUUCCACUGUAGCCGAGGUUCCACUGUACAUCCAGCUAUGGAAUGCUUUACCUUUAGAAAUAAAAUGCACUUUAAUACACUGUUGUGGGUGACUUAUUAGCUUAAGGAAAAAAAAAAAAAACAGUCCUGAUGUGCACCAUGCUCUUCAGAAUGAUUCUGGAUAUUGUUCUGUCCUCAACCAGACAGAGAAGCCCUGACCUUGUUUCCUUUCUGAUGGCAGGAUCUUGUAUUUGGCUCCAUCACGUUUGAGCUAAAGCAUGUCCAAUGCUAAGCCAUAAAGGAUAUGAGUAAGGUGGUGGCAGAGGCUUAUCAAAGUAUUUGCUCUCCCCAGUGUUCAAACUGUUCUGGAAUGCAGAAAUCAAUCUUUUUUACUGUUAUGGUGGAGUGAAAUUAGAGGCUAUGGGGGUUGGCAGUAUUUUAAAACGCUUUUCUCAGUGCUGUAGACGGUUUUUAUUGCUAAUCAAUGGCCAGAGGACGACACAGGCUCUAGGGAAUCUGACAUGCAAUGUCAGCCAACGUUCUGGAAGUGAUCUUUUUGGGGUUUUUUGCAGUUCUAAUGCAGGGCUGGCAUGAAGUCGCUUCCUCAUCUCCAGCUACCAGUUACAGUGAAGUGCUUGAUCAAUAUGUUUAGGUUCUAUUUCAGUCAAUCUAACUUCCAGCGGAUUCCUGCUUGUGCAUGACUGCAUGCCUGGCAAGACCAGUGAUAUAGACACAGUACUAGGAAUAAAUUCCUUCUUCUCCUGAUGUCUUCUUCUUUUCCUUCUUCUCAUGAUUCUCACUGCAUACACAUUCACUGAUGUGUAUGCGGUGAGAACACCGCAUACACAUCAGUCUAACAGUGUAACAUUUGUGACCCUAGUCAAAUCUACAUGUAUCCUGUCCUGCAAAGCAGGAAGAGAUUCCUAACCAGUGGUGGCUGGUGCUAAAAAAUUUUGGGGGGUGCAAACAAUCUUAAAAUCAAAUUGUUAGUAAUGCAGGACUGUAAAUGACCAUUUAUCAGGUGAUUAUGUAACAUUACUGCUAAGAUAAAAUAUUGAAAAUGUUAUUUUUAAAGUUAACUGUUAAAGCGUGCAAUUAAUAUACUAUGAAUGAGUUCAAUGUGGGUAUAUUAUCAGUAAUGAAGGUAAUCAUUAAAAACACACACACACUGGAAAGUUGCCUAAUCACAGGCCAGUGGCACUAUUUGAAAAUAAAUUUUGCUGUUUCUGGCUUGCAAAUUUCUCAAUAACCUUCUAGUUAAAGCUUACUGAGUGUAAGCUCGACUGCCAUCACUUGACUGCUGCUGAAUUUGCAAAUUGGGUCGAUCUGGUCCAAGCUCCUUGAUUUUUUUUUCUUCAUCUGAACGCCUUGUGAAAGGGUAUUUUUAUAGCUAUAACCAAAAUUUAUUUUAUCUCAAGAUAUUUUGCUUGCAUCCACAUUAAUCAGUACCUGCCCGUUUACUGACAAUCUGCUGAGUGCUAAUGAGACUCGUUGAGAAUGGUCCAGUCACAUGAGGCCUAAAAACGCUAACAACAAAAAUGGGUGGGUUCAGAGAACAAAGUGUUGCACCUCAAGGACAUUUGAAACAAGCCAAGUCACAGCUCAAGCCCCAAGUCACAUGCUUUUCAAAAGUUUACGGAGCUACAUACAUACUCAUUUGUUCGGCACGCGCACACACACACACACACACACACACUAACAGUGAAAUAGUACGACUAAAUGAUUUUAUUUCAUUAUUAAAAUAUAUAAUUAAUGUUAAUGUGUUAAAGUAGCAGUCUUAUCUGUUUAACUUUAAGGGGGCGGGGCACCCCAGCCCCCCUAUUGACCAACCGCCACUGUUCCUAACAACUUCUAUUAUCUCUUUUGCCACCAUUUUUUUUUCUGGAGAAUACUCCAUGGUGUCUAUUUGGAUAGAGUUGGUUUUAUAUAUCUCAUUCAUCUGCAGCACCAUUUCUGAAACCAUCAACCAAUCGGUCUUAGCCACCAGUGGGCCUGGGCAUAUGUUCAGCUAAAGUGGUCAAGUGGGCAUACCUGUCAACUUAAUUGUGAAGAAAAUAUGGAGAUGGGUGAUGGGGAACCUGUAGAAUUUACAGUCCCUACAGGAGUUUGUGUUUUUUGCAAUCGCAGAAAUUAACACAGAAACAGUUGUUUAAUUCAGUAUUAUUUGUUUAGUGCUUCUAACAAUAGACAUUGUCUGAAAGCAGCUUUACAGAAAUAUAUAAAUUCAGAAUAAAAAUUAAAAAGUUUAAAAAUUUAAUUUGGAGUUAUCCCCAGUGAGAAAGCCAGGUGAUGGUAGCGAGGAAAAUUUCCCUGAGGUGUAAUGAGGAAGAAACAUUGAGAGGAAACAGACUCAAGAAUUUUGAGAGGAAACAGACUCAUUUAGAAUUUUGAAAGCAGUGCAGUGGCAUGUCCUGGACCCUCCUGAUGCUACACGUUUUUCCUAAUGCACAGUGCUCUACUGGUUAUGCAAUCAAAAGGAAUCUGGGUUGUUUAGAUGCUUUUUGCUCAUAGACAUAUACAGUUUUUAAAUAUAAAUGAUAUAAGAAAAUUUGUAAAAUAUAAUAAAUGAAUAACUCAGAUAUAGACGGCCAUCAUUUUUUUUAUUUUAAUAAUAUAAGCAUUGAUCAUAUCUGUGAGGGUGAGAGAAGAUUAGAGCGCAUGCGCACUGGCUGCAGCGUCACGUGACGUCGUUUUUGGAACGUUUACUUUCAAAUGCAAAAGUGUUUUGAGUUGAAGGUCGCAAGAUUUGGACUCUACUUUGCGAUUACUGCUACACCUCUCCAUCACUUUUAUUCCUACAACACUUCUGGGAUUGGACUCCUACACCGACUCUGCACCACCAGCGAGGAUGAACUUCGGAGGAGAAGACGCGCUACAGCGGCAGGACGCGGACCUUCAGCCCGGAUCGAGCGGACUACCUGACUACUACUACGACCCCUGGACCGGGAGACGACAGGAACAAACGCCUUUUGGUCGUUUUCCUCAAGAUGGAGGUGAUGAGAAUGAGGUGGCUGUGAGGAGCUCAUCCCCCUUUAGGAGCCCAUCCCCAUCCUUUAGGAACCCAUCCCCACCUGCACGGAGCCCAUCCCCACCCUUUAGGAACCCAUCCCCACCUGCACGGAGCCCAUCCCCACCCUUUAGGAACCCAUCCCCACCUGCAUGGAGCCCAUCCCCACCCAUGAGGGUCAAUUUACCUAUUUGGGACCAAUCACCUGCAAGGAGCCCAUCCCCACCCAUUAGAAAUCCAUCCCCACCUACAUGGAGCCCAUCCCCACCCAGGAGGAACCCAUCCCCACCUACAUGGAGCCCAUCCCCACCCAUGAGGGUCCAUUUACCUAUUUGGGACCAGUCACCUGCAAGGAGCCCAUCCCCACCCACAAGGAACCCAUCCCCACCUGCAAGGAGCCCAUCCCCACCCACAAGGAACCCAUCCCCACCUGCAAGGAGCCCAUCCCCACCCACAAGGAACCCAUCCCCUCCUGUAAGGAGCCCGUCCCCACCCAUUAGGAACCCAAACACGUUAAGGGCACCAUCCCCUAUAGGAAGUCCUUCCAGGAUCCCACGCCAGGAUCCCACACUAGGAUCCCAUUCCAUCGUUGUGUUGCGCGACAUAGAGUCUGGUCAGCCUUACGUUCCAGCAUCUGUUACUUUUCAUGUUUGGCGCCAGCGAAUAAGUAGGAGGGAUGAAGAGGAAGACAAUCAAGUAGUCCCUUCUGCUUAUCCUGUUCUAGACCAGCAGAAAAGGUUGAGGGAUGAAGAAGAAGAGGAAGACGAUGAAUUCUUUUCUGCUAGUAGACGACAGCGUGUGGAUCCUGAAUGGGAGAUGCAGGUAGUCACAAGGUCCCUCCAAUUACCCGUUGAAGCCAUUCCUGAACUAAGCAGACAUCUUUAAGCUAUCCCCAAAUAUAUCGCCUCAUUUUCAUCACCCCAUAUUCAUCAUGUGGUAAGUAUCAGUGGUAGGUAUCUCUGGUAGGUAUUUGGCCUCUAGUCUAUAGCUUUAGUCUGUUUUUAAAUUUGUAGUGAAUAUUUCACCUCCAGACUCCAGCAGUAGUCCUUUAUUUAUGUAAAUUAUUAAGCUUUUAAACAUGUGAGGUGGUAAGAAUCAGCUCGAUACCUUCUUUUCUGUUCUGUUGUCACGAGGUCAUCGUUCAACCUUCUUCCUCUCGCCUUGUUUGAGCAGGUAUCCAGGGGAUUCUUACCACCAUCACUGUGACUUUAACAUAAUUUUUGUAAAAUAAUAAUUAAAGAAAAAUAGGGUAAAGUAGUUCUAGCAAUUAUGUUAGUUUAUAUAUGUCUGGUUAGUGUUAAAUGUAUAGGCUUAUUACUGUAGUAUGUUGUACAUUUAGGACAUAUGAAUUAGUUUUUAUUAUAGAAUUUAUAUAUAUUUUAUAAGUUAUAUAUAUUAUUGCAAAUAUUUAUGAUGUUGUAAAUAUGUAUAUAUGAAGUAUUUAAGAUUAAGAGUUUAAGAUUAAGUUGUAUAGAAGUACAGCCCCUAACCCCCGUCUAAACCCCACUCCCAACCCCCUCCACUAGUUUAGUGUGUUCAACUACUUAUACCACAACGAUAAGAGUUUCAUUUAUUAAAUAUUAAUGCUAAAUAAGAAUCUCCUAAACAUACCAAUUACUUUGUUAAACAGUCUAAGUUUUCGAAUUUAUACAUUAUUAGUCUCAGAUUAUGUUCAACACUAUAUAUGAACUGUUAAUAAUUAAUAUUAACAUUAAUAAUGUAGAUGAAGUAAUUCAUAUUAUAAUUAAUAUUAACCAAUACAGUAAAAAUACAGUACAUUAAAAGAAUAAUAAAUAAUAGCACUGAAACAUUUUACAAUAAUACACACCUUUUAAUGCACAAUUCAAGCAUUCGUUGUGGUAUAAAAUAUUGUACAGAUUAUGAUAAGUUAUGUUUGCUGUA